AUAAGAAAGGUCUCAAUGGAAAGAAAAUAACUAUCACUAGAGGAGAGAAAAACAAAGCAUAUUUCCACUCACACAAAUGAAAGCAUGCAAGCAAAGAAGCAAUUUAUCUUCUCCCUUAACCAUGCUCGACCGCAAGUCAAUGGAAGGCACUGUUUCAGAUGCAAUUGGGCAACUGAAAUUGUCAUUCUAGCCGCCCAAACACCAACUUCAAACAAUCUGCGGCGGAGGCCUCCAAACGGUGGGAAGUAUCCGGGUGUUUCUGCUGCAUCGUUGAGGACUCGGUUUAAGAGUAAGAAUCUGGACAAGGAGGUAUCUUCGUCAAAUGUUGAGAAGGUUGUUGGGGGUGGCGAGGUUUCGCAGCCUCGUCAAGGUCGGAGGAAGGUGAUUGUGAAGAAGAGAAAAAGGUCUGAACUUGUGGAGCUAUCAGAUGAUUCUGAUGGAAAAGAGUUAGAUGUCCCUCUAGAAGAGAUACAUGCUUUUAUGGGAAAUCAAAAAAGGCUUCAUGAGAUGUCUGAAGAGAGUGAGGCUUUUUCAGUUUGGGGAAAGGAGUAUCCUUUCAUGGCUGUUGUGGACGAGUAUUGCCAAUCGUCGGCUGAUGUAACUCUUGCAAAGGAGGUGGGGGAUAUGGCUAUUGGACAAUACAUGCAGGUUGUUGGGUUGUGGCUUGCAAGCCUUGGGCGAAGUCAGGAGUUGAAAUACAAGGGAGUUGCUGCGGAAAAGGGGGAGGUACCUGUUUUGAAGGAGGAGCUGGUUAAAUAUAAAAAACUUGCUGCCGAACUUCAAGGUCGUUUAACUGAGACUGAGAAGUUAUUGAAAGAGACUAAGGAAAAUUAUUCUAAAGAUGUUGAGGAUUUGAAGAAAAAGGAAAGCGACUUGGUAAGCGUGCAAAGUCGUCUGAUUGAAGUGACCGCUCAGUUUAAGGAUAUGGAGAAAAAGAAGGCGGAUGAGAUUUUGGAUUCAUUCGUUGAAGGUUUCGAAAGGGCAAGGUUGCAAGUGAAGUUUUUGGUUCCGGAUGCCGAUCUUUCUAGUAUGGAUCCUGGGAAGAUUGUUCGAGAUGGGCAGCUUGUUGACGAUGAUGGGGAUGCAGAAGGCGAGGCUGAUAAUGUUUAGGUUUUAGAAAAAAAAUUUUUGUGAAUUUUGUUUUACAUAUGUUUGAAUAUUUAUUGUUGAUAACAGUAUGGCGGUUUGUUUUUUGAACUUGGUUUGAAAUGACUUGUUUGAAAGUCUGUUUUGUUGCUUUAUGUAAAAGAUGUUUUGCGAUAGUUCGGAUUGUGUUCCGAGUUUAUUGGUUUUGUGGUUUGAUUUGUAGCUUUAGACGAGUAGCGGUAUAUGUUCGAGCUGUAUUGA